AAAUUUAUUAAUCGAUUAGUUGCAGUUUGUGCAAUGUUGCGGUGUAAAUCAACUUCGGUUUGUGCAAUUUUCGCGCAAAUUCUAAUUAUUUUAGAAUUAUUUUCAGUUUGCGGCGCUGCUAGGAAUCAGAGAUCAUCCACACAAAGAAAAGUUUUACCUCUCAUCCAUAAUGGAGUGAAAAGUUAUUAUUUAGAAACUACAUUGAAGGCUGAAUUUAUAAAGGCUCAUCGAUUUUGCAUAUCCCACGGCAUGGAAUUGCUCGCCAUUGAAUCGAAAGAAGAAAACGACUUUUUAGAUAAAACCCUAUUAGAUAAAGGAAUACGCGCUUUGAUGCUUGGAGGCGCCGAUUGGGCCUGGCUAAAUACUGGUAAGAAAAUUACAUAUUUCAAUUGGAUAUCCGACCAGCCAGAUGACUACCAGCAUAACGAAAAUUGCUUACACGUCCAACAAAGAAAUAUUUAUGGCAAACAGAUUUUAAAAUGGAACGAUCUUUUUUGUGGAGACCAGUUGAAUUUUAUUUGCGAAUUUAAAUGGACGAAGAAUUGCACGAAAUUUUUGGACUCCGUUCAGACCGAUUUAUUAAACGCUCAUCGAUUUUGCAAAUCUCACGGCAUGGAAUUGCUCACCAUCGAAUCGUCAGAUGAAAACAAAUUUUUAUAUAGACAAAUCAUAGACCAAGUUGGUCGUAGUGGUGGUUUCUGGACUUCUGCAGCACGACUGCAAGUAGGCUCCGAAUUUAUAUCGCUGGGAACUGCAAUCGAGCAAAAUUCUCCUGCUAACGGUGGCGAUCCAGAAUUCAAAAUGGACGACGUUUCGUGUAAUAGCAAGAAGUAUUUUAUUUGCGAAUUUAAAUGGACCAAGGAUUGCAUAAAAAACGUGGACUUGAGUCACGUAGGCCAAGACAAAUCGACUGGAACCAAUGGUCCUAUCGAUGUUAGAAUUAUGUUCAAUUUGCUUCGCUUAUGGGAAUUUGCCACUCGUCCAAAAUGGCAGGAAAAGUUAUUACAUAGAGAGUACAUUAACGGUAGCUCUAACUUUAUGUCGAUGGGCACCGGUAAAAUCAUCAGCAAUCCCAACUGGCUGCCCAAUCAACCAGAUGACCAUUUACAACGUCAAAAGUGCGUGCGACUGAUUCAAAAUUCUCCUGCUAGCGUCCGCUAUCCCGAUUUCCAAUUGGACGAUCUCGAGUGUUCUGUUCAUAGGAAUUUUAUAUGCGAAUCUAAAAGGCCGAACGGUUGCACAACGUUUUUGAACUCAUUUUACUUGGACAAGGACAAAUUGAAGGAAAUCGAUGAUCAUCUCAAUGUUAGGUAA